AUGGAUAGUGCCAAACCUCCCUCGACUUGGGGGGAGGCCCUCGAGAAGUAUGCUAUUGUCGAAGUACGAGCGUUUGAAAAACGACUCCGUGCAAGCGCACUACGUGAUAGAGAGAAAGUACGUGCACUGGUAGGGAGCAACUAUCGGGACCUGCUUGACACCGCAGAGCAGAUUGUCGAGCUCGAUCGCAAAGUCCCCUCUGCAGAGUCGAAUAUCGCGGCUUUAGGCCAUGCGUGCGUGCCACCAACUUUCGAGACGACAGCAGCACAGCCACCUGCAAGAGUGAUCGCAUUGAGCCACCUAAGACUGAUCGAUGCUAUGUUGAGAUGCACUGCUAAAGCGACGAAAGAAAAGUCUGUUCUUCUGGCGAGUCGGCUGAUUGUCUUGUCACGCUUACUUAUCAAACACUUAGAGCAGGCGAAUGGUCUGAUACAAAGCCUGCAGUGGCUACAGAGUCGGCACAAGACUGUGCGUCAACGUCUUCUAGCCUGUCUAGAUGGCAUACUCGUGAGGCCGACUACUCCCUUGCAAGGGUUGUACCGUGCGGUGGCGGCGUACUGCUUGACCACAAGUUCAGCGUCUGCUGAUGCACUAAAGCACUUUCAGGCAUUACGAGGCGCAAGACUUGCUCAGAGGGACUCAGAGACUCAACCCUCAACCCCGUCGAUUAGUAGAUCUUCUGUGGGAAUGAAGUGUCAGUACUUGAUCGCCACAGUCACUGCUAUCAAGGCGCUAUCUGGGCGUGGAGUUAGUGAAAUACUGGCUAACCUGCAGAAACAUCCUAUUUUCGAAGACAGCAGCCUGGCAAAGCUUGACACUCUUCAAUUGGACUUUCACCGUCCUCUUUUGCCAUCAGACAUCCUAUCAUUCACGCCCUACUUCAAACGUCAAGUGUUAUCACCGUCGGAAGUGCGCAAUAUUUACCAAGCUUGGGUAGAUGAACAUGUUUCCUACGUGGUCCGAGAUCUUAGAGAUCUGUUAAGCAACCUGAAGCUUACUGGAGUACUGCAUAUGAGGAAGGAGAUUAUGAAUAUACUUAUGCCGGUCUGCUUUUCGACUCUGCUUCACACGUCGUCCUUGGGUACAGUUCGUGCUGUAUUCUCGGAACGGAUUGAGGACCUUGUCCAAACACAAGCUAGUGGUCUGAAGCGAAUAUCAGACACGUUGCCGCGGACUGAACAAGGAGCAGAUGAGACGUUUUGGAGGUCAGACCUUGUCCGCCAUAUGCAUAUACGACGCGACGACUCGAACCUGAUAUCUGUUCAAUCUCAGCGGCUUGGUCUAAGUCAAAGCCCCCGGAUAUAUUUGCAACGGCUGAACAAGUGGACACAGGCUUAUGGUAUAAUACACGAUGAGUUGAACAAUCUUACACGCAUUCGUUGGCAAGACAAGAUCGAGGAAUACGAUGACGAGGAUGAGGAGGUUGCCAACGAGAUUGUUACUGGGCUAUCGAAAGAUGAUCCUCAGCAGUAUCGACGCGCGUAUGACGCUGCACUCUUAGAAGCUGCAGGACAGUUUGUAGCGACGUUAUCGGCUGAAGCAGAAAAAGUGGUGCAACAGGAUGUUGGUCCCAUAACAGCAGGUCAAAUCAGUACGCUACUGAGAGUGUUCCGCGAAGCCAAGGUUGUUCUGGACGCUGUCGGUCCUAGCAAAAUAUCUACAAAACUUGUGGAGCCCAUGAAUGUUUUAUGGAAGGCACUAGCUGACCAGGUCGCCGCCCAAUUAUUCAGCACAAUGGAAAGCAAAGAGCCAGCAGGAUCCUUGAUCUUUCAAACAGACGAUCUACCAACUCCACUGACUGUCUCCAUGCUGCAAACGCUCAGUAUGUUGAUGAUGAAAAAUGGCGGGAUAGACCUUUGGAAUAACACUCCUACACGGUACAUACGCCGUGCGGUGCUUCAGAGAGCACUGUCGGACGAGUACAAUAGGUUUUACGUACGAAGUGAUCUUGACAAAGCAUAUCUGACCGCAGCAUUAGGUGGAGAACACCCAGCAAGCGAAGCAUGGAGCGAGCAGAUCACUCGUAGGGCGGCCAUGUACUGGAACAGAACAAAGAGUUUGUAUGGCAUACUCGCUGUGGAAGAACCGACGCGUGGUGCAUAG